AUUUGCACACAACAGUGCUAGAGCUCAUCUCAUUACACCCGCGGUGUGUUGCGUCCAUGGCUCCCGCCGCCGACCUUAGCUCGCACGUCCACGCGGCCGCGGACGCCGCACCCAAGUCCCCCGCCAAGCCGAAGCAAGAAGAGAUCAGUCCUGCGGCGGCCGACGUUGACGACGACGUGGAGGCGGGUGGUGGCAGCCCGGGCGGCGACGGCGUCAACUACGUAGCGCGCGCACAGUGGCUCCGCGCGGCCGUCCUGGGCGCCAACGACGGCCUCGUCACCGUGGCCUCCCUCAUGAUCGGCGUUGGCGCCGUCAACGAUUCCAAGCGCGCGAUGCUCGUGUCGGGCGUCGCGGGGCUCGUGUCCGGCGCCUGCAGCAUGGCCAUCGGCGAGUUCGUGUCCGUGUACGCGCAGUACGACAUCGAGGUGGCCCAGAUCAAGCGCAUCCGCGGCGGCGACGGCGACAGGAGCAACCUGCCGAGCCCGAUGCUGGCGGCGGGCGCGUCGGCCCUGGCGUUCGCGGCGGGCGCCGCGCUGCCGCUUCUGAGCGGCGGGUUCGUGCGGACGUGGGCGGGCAGGGUUGUGGCCGUGUGCGCGGCGAGCAGCGUCGGGCUUGCCGGCUUCGGCGUGCUGGGCGCGUACCUGGGCGGCGCGAGCGUGGUGCGGUCCGGGGCCCGGGUGCUGGUGGGAGGGUGGCUCGCCAUGGCCACCACCUACGGGGCGCUUAAGCUCUUCGGAGUGCACGGCGCUUAGGCGAGCGCAAAUUACGGGCAGAAGUAUAUAUUUUGCCGCGGGAAUAACCGAGCCAAUGGAUUAUUUAGAAAACAAGACUAGCAGAGUAGCGCUAGGUCUGUUGGUGCUGCGCUUUACGAAAACAUAUCAUGUAAGUAUAUUGCUACUAACGUGCAUGUGGCCGGUCGUACUACUAGCCAGGAGAUCGUAUAUUUGAAUACAGAUUAUGAAGUUUGCUGCU